AUGACGACGUUAGCAAACCGGACGUCUAAUGGGACGAGUAUUCGAGAGAGCUCCGAAGCGAGAACUGUUAUACUGCUCGUCAGGAAACCCCACUUUACACAAGUUGAUCACCAUAAAUGGCUUCUUAAACGACUCUUUAAACCUCUUCAUCAUGAAAGAGACGAGAACAUUCAAGUUUUGUAUGUAUCAAACACCAAACUCAGUUCGUUAAUUAGAUCUCAAAAUGAAAGGAAAGCAAAUGAUGUGUACACACCUCAGAAUUUACCUGAUUUUCAAGAGGACGAUGAUAUUUCGUACAAAUUAAUGCCGAAUACUCGUAUUAUCACAUUAUGUACAAAAUAUCGCGUGAUAUUUAUUCUGGAUGUUACGACCUCUAUGGCAACUAUUUAUUAUAACAACACGAAGGGCGUACUUAUAUCUGAAGCGAUAAAAGUUCUUAAUCGAUGUAUUGAAGGCCUAGUGCAGCCUUUUACUAUUCAAGAUUUGGAUAGAGAUAAAGCAUUACAUUUUGAACCCGAAAUAUCGAUUACUGUUAUAGCCGAAAGUUCUCAUUUUGCGUCCAACGCAAAUUUACUGCCUAUGAUAAGGGACUUUCCUACUAUGAAGGUUCUUUUAAAUGGUGUUAUCGUGACAAAGAACAAUGUGUCUGAUAUUAUCAAGAAUUUGCACAUGGAGCUCACUAACUUUCAACAAGAAGUGGCGGAAUUGCGGCAAAGGCUUUGCAGGGCUAAAUUUCCAGUAGCAUAUGAGAUGGAUGUGGUCGGGUCAAAGACUGAAGAUGACCAUGACGUUGAAGUUGAUACUUUCUUGGAUAAUAAAAAAAAUUUGUGGAGAUUAGGCUCGAGUGGAGCAAACCUUGCUUAUAGCCUCAAUGCUGGUUUGUUUGCUAAAAACUUACUACCCGAUGAAGGGUUUCCUUCUUUAAUUGUUAUCACAGAUGGUGUUGUUAAAUCAACUCUCGAUCAAAUGUCUGCGGACGAUGACAUAAUACAACAACUUUGCAAAGAGGGCAUAAGAUGCAAUAUCAUUCAGGUCGGUUCGCAUCAGGGGUUUGAUCCAUGUUGCAACUUUGGAUUACUUCCUGAUAUUGAGGUUCUACAAUUUGUUGCUGCGGCUACAUCUGGUGUCUUCCUAUUUUCUGAAAAUUGUCCAGACAUUUCUGACGAUAAUUCAUCUGUUACAUCCUCUUCACAAAGUGAAUAUCGCACAUUCAACUUCUACCAUGAACACUUGCUUAUUAGGGAAACACAUUUUGUCAAAAAGAGAAAUCAAACAAGAUAUUUGAAUAGCACUAGCGAUUGUAAUUCAUAUAAUUUUCCUUGGGAUCCGAGAAGUCAACCUCCUGAGAUCGAGGUUAUGCCUGCGCGGUUUUUAGAAUAUUCUAUAUUUGUUGAUGUCCAACAGCUCAUAUCUGUCCGGAUGCGUCAUGGAUUCAACGUCGAUAAUAUAAUUUUGAGUCCGGGAAAAGGCAAUAACAAAGCAGAGGUGAUUACAAUAGCAAUGUCAAGGCUUUGGUUACCAGAUGUUACUAUUCAAUAUAAAAUUAAAGGACAGUGGACUGGUGAAUUGAAUGGGUUAUCCCGACUUAGAGCUCUUAGGAUUGAGAUCCACGUGCUUGCAGACACUGAGCUAGACAUCUAUCUGCUUAAUUUUCAGACGGCUCGACAAAAUAAUGAUCCGAAUCAUCCACUCUUUUGGAAAUUCAUGAGGUUGUAUAAUUUUUUGACAACUAUCUUAGAUACUGAUGAGCUUCUCAAAAAACAUAAAACGCCUAGAGAUAACAACAAGCUACAAUUACGUCCAAUGACCGCUACUACUAGGUUAGAUUUUUUAAGGCAAUUGUGGACUACUACUGAACAGAGCACUCAUAAUAUUAACUUUUGGUAUGAUGACGCAAAGUUUGAUGUUUUAAUAUUAUCUGAGACAUUACAAUCAAACAUGACUUUGGAUUUGUCUUCUGAAGAUAAGAAGCAUAAACAUCUUCCGGUAAUGAUUGAAGAACGAUUAGCCAUUAUUAAAAAGUAUUUAUCAGAUUGGUCUACAUUUACUGCAACUGAAAAUGUAUUUGUGAAAGUAUUUAAUCAGAUGGAAGGUGAAAAGAUAUCUCCAAUCAGCUUUUGCGAACUAAGAAUUAAGCAGGAAAUUGGCUAUCUUGUUUCAAUAAAAUUUUCAUUUUUCAAUGUUGACAAUUUGCGUCGUCAAAAAGAAAUGAUUAAUAUCAUCAACGAAAUAAAGAACGAUAAAAGCAAAUUUUAUUAUAUUUGUCGGAGACCUUUGUCUUCGUUCUUUGUACGCAAUAUUGGUGAUGUGCUUAAUGAAAAGGACAUCUCAUUAGAUAGUCGGUUUACAGGUAGAAAUUGCGUCAUUAGGUCUUAUUUGAGACAUUCUCGAUGGUCCUGGUUAUCAGACCUUGAAAAAGAUAUUUCUCUAGUAAAUAAAGAGACUAUAACAAUACAAAAAUUGGCUUUUCAGUAUCUAUGUCAAGCGCGAUCGAAUGAGGGAU